AUGGCCCCAGCGUUUCUCUCUCUCAAAGACUUGCGUCGCCGAUCAAGAGCAAGCUUCCGGACCGAAAACUCCAACGACACUUCCAGUGAUGGUACUUUGAGCCAUGAAACCAAUGACACCACGCCAUCAAGCGGCUCGUUAACACCGCCCUCUCACCUGUCAGACCCGGCGCUGAAUCUACAGGUCAAGGACAGCAAUGCGUCUGGCCAGUAUCCAGCACAAGCUCAAAACCGACCCAUGAUGGUGCCUGGAGGAAAUUCCAGUCGAUACAGCGUCUCGGGCAUGUCAGGCCUUGGAUCUCCUGCGCCCAACGGGAGGACCAACCUGCCUGUCUCCCAGUAUGCUCCUCGUGUCCAAAACAUUGCGGAAAAUGCAUGGGUAUACCAAAAGGUUCUCUUGCUGCACGGUACAAUUGGAGAGACGGAGCAGAACCAUCUCGAAGGCACUGUCAUCGUCAGCAAACUCGAUGACUCCUUUCCACCAACCAGCUGGCCUGUAUGCAAUUCUCACUUCAAAGCUCUUGUAUAUCUACAACCUGGCCCCAACAAGAUCAGAAUUGAAUUCUCUAGCCCGAAACUGGCCAACAGCUCGUCUUCAAACCCCAUCCAUGUCUCGUAUCUCACUCUCCACAUGGUACCUUCGUUAAACGCACCUCCGCUGCAGCUCGCCAUUCUGCUAGGCAAAGACUCACCUGGGAUAUUUGAUGCCACGCCGUCGCGUGCUGAAAGGGAAGGCAAUGGCCUGGACACGGCUGUCAAGAAAUUUCGAAUGGCAGCCUAUCUCUGGCAGGCAUUUACUGCGGAGCAGAUGUGGCGACACAAGCUAGGGCGACGAACGUUUCGAUUCGAAGAGGAAUGGACGUCUGGCUCUGCCAACUACCGUGAUAGGGAGAGUGGUAUCAUGAGAUCUGAAGCCCGUGUUCAUAUUAUCCGGUCCGACAAGACAGUGGCGGAACUGCAAGACCUCAACAAGGCGCAACAGUAUGACAAGGCUACGGAUAAGAAUGCUCUCUUCGACAUUGCUUCGGCUGCAGUCAAGAAGCACCUGAACCCCCUGCCCGGCCAGAAGCAAUAUGUAGCAGUUCUUCUGCUGGAUGCUCACUGGGAUAAGGAUGUCAAAACCAUCCGUGGCCAUGCCGCCCUUGGCGGCGGCAGCGGAGAGUUGCAACUGGGCAUCUUCGGGUCACACAGCCUGCAUAGCUAUCCCGGCUGCUUCGAGGAGGUAGUGCCAGCCUUUACCGAUUGCACGCCGACUGACACUGCGUACGUGGCAAACGACUGCAACGAAGCGGGGAGCUCCUGGGAGGCGGCAAACAUUGGCAUUGGCGCGCAUCUGCACGAGGUUGGCCAUUUGUUUGGAUGCCCCCACCAGGAAGGAGGGAUUAUGCUCAGAGACUACGUUGUUCUUAACCGAAGUUUCGUGGCUCGUGAAGCGUAUUCCACCAGAACCAAGUCCAAAGGGGGGCUGGCCUUGCAAGCUGAUGAGUGCGGUUGGCAUCGCCUGGACUGCCUUCGCUUCCGAGCACAUCCUGCAUUCAGGCUGCCAAACGAUACCCCCACGAAUCCCGACGAAAGCGUCCAGGCCUUUGCUAUCGACGGCGGUAACGUUUUGGCCGUGGCACAGACUGGAAUUUCUUUUAUAGAAAUUUACGGAGAGGGUGACGAUGUCUGCCGCGCAUGGAUCGAGUAUAUACCAGACAACAACAGUCCUAUCCAGCGGCAAGUUACAAUGAUCGAACAAGACUUGCGGGCACGCCUGCCAGAAGCAAAGAGAAAGGGUCGUGUAAAGGUGUCUGUCAAGUCCCAUGGAGGAGGAUCUUUGGAUAUCGAUGACUUCAAAGCAUUUGCAUCAAAGCAGUCGUCGGUGAAGCUGCCAGGUGGCAAAGUGGCCUUCCGAUGCAAAAGCCUCGGAGAGUCAAAGAUGCAAGGCAGCGAGCCCCAUGAGGUUGUCUUCACCAGCGCUCUGAAGCAGGACCGGGUCAUGUCUCGUGUUAUUGUAUAUCACGGAUCGGCACUGGAUGGACUGGAAUUCGUCUAUGACGAUAAUUCGACACAGCUAUUUGGCAAGAGGGGGGGCAAGGAGGGAGGCGACACAUUUGAAUUUGACGUUCGGCGCGGAGAGUACCUCAGUGGUUUUGUCGUGAGGGCCGGCUUUUGGAUCGAUGGCAUUCAGCUCUUGACCAGCCUUGGUAGAAAAUCAGCCAUGUUUGGAAAAGCCCAUGGUGGUUCUGCACACACUCUGAUACCUCCUCGAGGCUACUCUAUCUGCGGUGUUGCUGGCACAUGUGGCGCCUGGCUGGACGGCUUCUCCAUUCUCAUCAAACAUUAA